AGAUUUUCAUGCCGGAGCUGAAGGAAACACAUCCAUCCUGCACUGGAGCGCGUGACCGUUUGCGGAAUGCGUGAUUCCUCCUGCACUUUAUUUAUUUAUCUGCGUGCUUUUCGAGCCAGCAUGGUUGACAGCAGAGAGCUGUGAGUGAAGAUGAGGAGGGCCUUGUGGCUGGUGAGGUGGUUGAGAAUUGGGAUUGUCCUGCUCAUGCCCUUCCCUUACAUCAGGGCUCAGGGAACAGAAGACUGGCAUUAUGAUGAGUGUAAGUUAUAUCGAGCUGGACCGCCUGCCACCAUUGUGACAAUUGAUGAAGAGAGUCCAAAUGGUACAGUUUUGGUGGAGAACAUGCAGAUUAAUGGUCGAGCGCAGGAUCCAGGCCGCACCAUAGCUCUUACUUUGCUGGGGAACUAUGACUACUGGGUUAUACUGGACCCUAUCCUCCAGAGACUCUACCUUAACAGCACAGGAAGAGUACUGGACCGAGACCCCCCCAGAUAUAUCACCACUAUAGUGGUUCAGGUUCAGUGCACUAAUGAGCUGGUGGGCACUGUUAUUCUGCAUGAGGUGCGCAUCGUGGUACGCGACAGGAACGACAACAUCCCGCAGUUCCAGCAGCCUCGCUAUUACGUGGCAGUCAAUGAGCUCACUCCUGUUGGCACUACCAUCUUCACUGGUUUCUCAGGAAACAAUGGAGCCACUGACAUUGACGACGGUCCAAACGGGCAAAUCGAAUACGGCAUCCAGUACAACCCGUAUGACCCGAUGUCAAACAGGACUGUUCAGGUGGCUAGUACGCUGUCUGGUAACAUUGUCCUUGCUGAGAGACUGAACUAUGAAGAAAGAACGCGCUACUUAAUCAUAGUCCAGGCCAAUGAUCGUGCUCCAUAUCCAGCCAGCCGGCACACUGCUACAACAACGCUGACUCUGGAUGUAUUAGAUGGAGACGAUCUGGGUCCCAUGUUCCUUCCCUGCGUUCUGGUCAAUAACACACGAGACUGCAGCCCUGUCACAUACCGUGUCACCAUUCCUGAACUCAUAGACCCGAGCAAACUGAAUCCCCUAAACGUGUCGCCGCCCAUCCGAGCAGUGGACCAGGACAGGAACAUUCAGCCUCCUUCAGAUAGACCUGGCAUUCUCUACUUUAUUCUAGUUGGCCAGCCAGCCGUCUACCCAGAGUUCUUUUCUUUGAACAGGACCACAGCAGAGCUCCGCCUCCUAAAGCCAGUGACGAGAGAUUUGUACCAAAGCUUCAACCUCGUCAUCAAGGCCGAGCAGGAUAACGGUCAUCCUCUGCCUGCGUUCGCUGACCUGUGGAUAGAGGUGUUGGAUGAAAACAACCAGGCACCGUACUUCCAUCAGCCAACCUACCAGGGCUUCAUCAGCGAGUCAGCACCUGUGGGUGGCACCGUGUCUGGCAGAGCCAACCUCACGGCACCGCUAGCCAUCAUCGCCCUCGAUAACGACAUAGAGGAGAGUAAAGACCCACAAGUGAAGAUCACAUUGAGUGACUACAACACCAUCUUCUCCAUCACCUCUACUGGAAUCACACGUUACCUGCUACUGCUCAGACCUGUGGACAGAGAGAUGCAGACCAACUACACCUUCAGGAUGGUGGCCUCUGAUGGCGUACAGCAGAGCGUGCCUGUAACGGUGAACAUCCUGGUUAUUGAUGCUAACGACAACACGCCCACCUUCUCUCAGGUCUCCUACAAUAUCGAAGUGUUCACUAAUAUGCAGCCUGGAGAAACCGUAAUACAGUUAACUGCUCAGGAUCCUGAUGAGGGCCUGAACGGUUUGGUGACCUAUACCAUCUUGGCAGGAGACCAGGGUCACUUUGUCAUCAGUAGCCGUACAGGUCGAAUCACCAUAGCACCAGGAGUGAGUCUGAGCGUGGGUCGCUCCUACGCCCUGACCGUCAGAGCAGCUGAUAAUGCACCUGAGGCAGAGAGGAGGAGUUCCAUAACUACAGUUUAUAUCGAGGUUCUACCUCCUAAUAACCAGAGUCCUCCACGUUUUCCACUGACAACCUACAACAUAGAGAUCAGUGAGGCCAUGAGGAUUGGAGCCAUCCUGCUCAAUCUGCAGGCGAUAGACCGUGAGCUAGAUCCAAUUACGUAUCGUAUUCUGAGUGGUGAUCCACAGCAGAUGUUCAACCUUUCUCAAACUAUAGGUCUACUGAUCUUAGCAAAGGCAUUGGACAGAGAGACCGUUGACCAAUACCUGCUCCUUGUGACGGCCUCCGAUGGACAACCCGGAGGGACAUCCACCACCACUGUCAGUGUUGUGGUCACAGACGUCAAUGACAACGACCCGACCUUUGACCUCACCCUACCUAGGAAUUUAACUGUACAGGAAGAGAGGGCCAAUUUGUCCGUGGGUCUGGUCCGGGCCACAGAUCCAGAUGCUGGGCUGAAUGGUCAAGUGCGCUAUCGGCUCCUCUCCCAUACAUCUCUCUUUACCAUUAAUGCUAAUGGCAGCAUUUUCACAGCUGUGCCUCUGGAUCGGGAAACUCAGAGUCAGUACGAGUUGGUGGUGGAGGCAUCGGACGGGGCAGUGGACCCUCGACGCACAGUCCUCACACUGCUGGUGCGAGUGUCAGACAUCAAUGAUAACAGCCCUGUCUUUUCUCAGCCAGUUUACAUUGUCAGUGUACCUGAGAACACUCCAGCGGGAACUGUCAUCCUGCGCCUUAAUGCUACAGAUGAAGAUCUGAUCUCUAAUAUAACGUACAGGAUAAGGACAGAGGCAGCGAGGCAGCUCUUCGCAGUGGACAGGAUCACUGGAGCUCUGUCAGUGCUGCAGUCUAUGGACUUUGAGGCUCUGGGUCGAGACGGUGUAAACUACACAUUCCAGGUGGAAGCACUGGAUUAUGAAGCUGUUCUGCCACCUGGAAUAGCUACGGUUACAGUUAGGAUUACGGAUGUGAAUGAUUAUACUCCGGUCUUCGCUCGACCACUUUAUAAAGGCAUGGUGGCUCCUAAUGCUGAGAAAGGAACGUUAAUCGCAACAGUGCAAGCAACUGACGAAGACCCUCCUGGGACCCCAGCCAGCAGGGUGCGGUACAGAGUGGACCAGGAGCAGUCUCCCUACAGCGGCAGCAUCUUUGAUGUAGAGGAAACCUCAGGCAGAGUCAUCACCAAAGUGAACCUGAAUGAGGAACCCAGUACUAUUUUUAGACUGAUAGUGAUUGCUUUUGAUGAGGGUGAGCCAGUGAAGAUGAACACGACACUAGUGGAGAUCACCGUCCUGCAGCCUUCCAGAAUACCCAUCUUUACAGAGGAGGAGUAUUUUUUCAGCCCGGUGAGUGAGAACGCUCCGAUCGGCCAAGCUGUAGGAAUGGUUCUUGCAGCAGCUGCAAACACCACAGUCUUCUACUCCAUUGUGGGAGGCAAUCAGUUGGGUGAGUUUCGAGUGGAUAACCGCACCGGAAUGAUUUACACAGCAAAGCUGCUAGACUACGAGACACGCACCAGCUACGAGCUCCGUCUGCAGGCCGACUCUCUGGCCCUCGUCUUAGCCAACCUUCGCGUGCCUUCCAAAACGAACACAGCAAAGGUGUUUAUCAACGUGCAGGAUGAGAACGAUCAUCCUCCAGUGUUCACAGAGUCUCUGUACAUUGGCGGCGUAACUGAGGACACCAAGACCUUUACAGCAGUCCUGAAGGUUAUUGCUACCGACAUUGACACAGGGAACUACAGUAAAAUGGCAUACAGGCUGAUUAUCCCCCCCACUCCAGAAGGUCAGGACAGCUUUGUCAUUGAGCAAUAUACUGGAAUCAUCAAAAGUGCCAUCAUGUAUCGCAACAUGCGCCGCUCUUACUUCAAAUUCGUGGUCAUUGCCACAGAUGACUAUGGAAAAGGUCUGAGCAGCAGUGCUGACGUGGUGGUGUCUGUGGUGAAUGCAUUAGACAUGCAGGUAGUGGUGUCCAAUGUGCCGCCUACCGUAGUGGAAGAGAACAAAGAGCAACUUGUCAGGAUUCUUGAGCGCUAUGUGCAGGACCAAAUCCCUGGAGCUAAAGUGAUAGUAGAAUCCAUCGGUCCUCGGCGGCAUGGGGAAGGAUAUUCAUUAGAGGACUACAGCAAAUCAGACCUGCAGGUGUAUGCCAUCGACCCUCUCACAAACAGGGCCAUAUCUCGACAAGAGCUCUUCAAGUUUCUGGACGGUAAGAUUCUAGACAUUAAUAAAGAAUUCCAGCCGUAUCUGGGUGAAGGAGGGAGGAUUUUGGAAAUCCGUUCACCAGAUAUCGUGGCUACGGUGAAGAAAGCUGCUCAGGCUGUGGGCUACACAGAAGGGGCGCUACUUGCCCUCGCCAUCAUCAUCAUCCUCUGCUGCAUCCCCGCCAUCCUCAUCAUCAUGAUUACCUACAAACAAUUCAAAGAGAAACAGGCCGAGUGUGCCAAAACCGCCCGCAUCCAGAGAUCACUUGCUGCUUCAAAAUCAUCUGCUGCUCCGGUUCCUGUUUCAGCUCCAGCUUCGGCUCCAGCCAACCUCUACGAGGAGCUUGGGGAUGGCAGAAUGUAUGAUCCGUAUCCUCCUUACGGCAGUCGCAGGAGGCUGAUAUCUCCCAUGUACGAUGAGUACGGAGAGGCCAUAAUGGACGAUGAUGGCUACUACUACAGUGCCUAUGGCACAGAGGCUGUCAGAAAGAAGCAGAUGAAGUUAAUUGAGGAGAAAGAGGGCGAGUCAACGACUACAGGUGAAGACAGUGGUUCAGACAGCCAGAGGAACCGUGUGCCUAAUGUUAACUGUCAAAGCAACGUGAACGGUUCAGUGUACCUGGCACAGAACGGUACGAUCAUUCGAACCCGACGGCCACCUUAUCCUAAUAACAUAAAACAUUUUUCACCCGGGAGGCUUGGAAAACACUUCAAGAAACUGGACAAGCUAGGUGUUACACAGGAGGAACAUUUGCCUUUAAAUAGUACAGUGGAUAAUGGACCUACUAUAGGAACCACUGCCACACUUUCAUCUAUGACUAACAACAACCUCGACACCAGGCCGUUAACCUGGUCCAUAGGGUCUAGUAUAGGGCCAAAAUCCAACAUCAUUAAGGCACAUUUGGACAAUGAGCAGGGGCGCUGUCAGCAGGAGCAGGAGUCCAGUGUGGACAAUGAGGAGGUCAAAGGGACCUCAGAGACUCCCAGUGAUCACACACUGUCGGAUGAGGAGGAGUUGUGGAUGGGCCCCUGGAACAACCUUCACAUACCAAUGACAAAACUCUGAUGUCUUUCAAAUUUUAUUUAUUCUAUUUUGGUUGAAUUGUUGUUGUUUUUUUGUUUUUUUUACAAUUUCUCUUUUCUUACCAUCUUUUCAUAAAUGCUUAUCAACAACCAAUAUAUAAUUGUAUUGAAUGCCAUCUGAUAUGUUAGUGUUAGAUAAAUCGUUGGUUGUUUUGGCAGAGAGAGAAGUUACUCCUAAUUCGAAAACAUAGGGACAAAAAUAAGAAUUAUUUGCCUAUUAUAAUUCUUAUAUUAUUUUUAACAUGCAACGAUUGUUAUAAGAAUAUGUAGCUAACUAAAGAUGUUUUCAGGUGGUG